AUGUUGGAUAUUAGCGGGGCGAGAGAAAAACAUGGAUUGUUGAUAUGCCGUCAAAUAUGUUGUCGUUUCGAUGUGAUGUUUACAAAUCUCACUUACAUAACAGAUCAACAACAAAGGCGACAAGCAAGCUCAAAUAUAAAAUACAAAAAACCUGAUAUCCAGUCAUCAUCCGUAAAGGUAACAAUUAAAUUAGCUCACAGAGCAUUAAAAUUCUUUAUACAGGCCGCAGCUGAUUUAAACAGUUUUACUUCCAUUCCUGUCUUCAUGUUGUUGUCUUGUGGACUACGGUCUACAUUAGGCAAUCGACAAACAGUUCCAAACCAUCAAACUUAUCCCAAGGCAUCAACUAAGGCUCAUGGAUAUUCCUCCUCAAUAUAA